UAGAUGGUGCUGUUGGUCUGUGUCACAGUGCUGAGAAGGUGGAGGCGCUGCACCUCCUUCAUUGUCUGAGUAAAGGCACCGGGAGUGGAUCCGCCGCUCGGUUCAAUGUAAUCCCGUCUCUCCCCGACUCACUCACUCAGUCGUCCGCCAUGGCGACCGCAGAAAGCCUCCUCUCCGGUACGAGCAGCUUCUAAAACUCAGCUGGGCUUCUUUUUAGUCACUACCGACGUGGAUGUAAUAUCUCCUUUCAGCUGGGAAACACAUACGUGUGGAUAAGCGUGCAUUUCGAGAGAAGGGGCAACAAUUAUCAGCAAUUAGCGGCAAGUGCAAAUACUGCAUUUGCAAAUGCUCUGUUAGUGUGACACGGAAGGUUGUGCAGCCUGUCCUCCGGGCCCUGAUGCAUUCAUUAUAUUUCAGCUGCUGCACCACUGAUGCUCUGCUGGACAGUGAGCAUUGCAGUGCAUCAUGGCAGAGCCAGACCCAGAGCCAAUGGCCCCUGGAGCAGGGCAGCGUCUUGGAGCCCCGGAGACUCUUGGCAUCAGUACGUUGGACCCCGGGCACAGACCACCGGCCAUGCCUCCUGGACGGCAUGUCACCAUCAGAGUCCGUAUGUUGGACGACACGGAGGAGCUCUUUGACAUCUCGCAAAAGGCCUCAGGCAAGGUGCUGUUUGACCUGGUGUGCUCCCACAUGAACCUCAUUGAGGGUGACUACUUUGGCUUGGAGUUUCAGAACCAUCAAAAGAUGGUGGUUUGGUUAGACCAUAUCAAGCCCAUUAUGAAGCAGCUCAGACGACCGAAGCACACAAUCCUGAGGUUUGCUGUGAAGUUCUUUCCUCCAGACCAUGCCCAGCUACUGGAGGAGCUAACAAGGUACCUGUUUGCCCUCCAGAUCAAACAGGAUCUUUCCUGUGGACGUCUGACCUGCAAUGACAGCAGUGCCGCGCUGAUGGUCUCCCAUGUUAUCCAGUCUGAGAUUGGGGACUUUGAGGAGAGCCAGUGCCGGUCACACCUCCUCAACAACAACUACAUCCCAGAUCAAAUGCCCCUGAUUGACAAAAUCAUGGAGUUUCACUCAAAGAAUAAAGGUCACACACCAGCAGAAUCAGACUAUCACUUACUAGAGGUGGCGCGCAGGUUGGAGAUGUAUGGUAUUCGUCUCCACCCUGCCAAGGAUCGCGAGGGCACAAGGCUAGGCCUGGCUGUGGCGCACACUGGUGUCCUGGUUAUUCAGGGACACACAAAGAUCAACGCCUUCAACUGGUCUAAAGUGCGUAAACUGAGCUUUAAGAGGAAACGUUUCCUAAUCAAGUUGAGACCAGAUCUAAAUAGUUCAUAUCAGGACACUCUGGAGUUUCUGAUGGCCAGCAGAGACUGCUGUAAAGUCUUCUGGAAGAUCUGUGUCGAAUACCAUGCCUUCUUCCGCCUCUUUGAAGAACCUAAGCCCAAACCCAAGCCCGUGCUCUUCACACGAGGCUCUUCCUUCAGAUUCAGCGGUCGCACGCAGAAGCAGGUGAUUGAUUAUGUGAGGGAGUCGGAGUUUAAAAAAAUUCCAUUUGAAAGGAAACACAGUCGGGUCCAACACAACAGCCGCCUGUCGCCAUUGCCUUCUCCACGCCACCAUGAAGUGCCAACGGAAAGUGGUGCUCCCAGAGUAGACUCUCCUCCUCGGCGUCAUUGGAAGGAGUUGGUGUUGGUGAGUGCAGAAGACCCCUCAGCCUCGAGGACAACAAGGGCGAGCCCGUCUCACCAGAGAAACGGCCAUGAUGACAGAACUGGGUCUGUGUCCAGGACUGAAGAGACAAAAGGCUCAACACGACAGACCCAACCAGAACAUCUGAGUACAGGAGUGGUGUCCAACAGCCCGCACCUGUCGGCAUCCUCCGGUCACUCCCAUGGCAUGGUCAAUGGUCAGAAGUCACUGGAGCUGUGCAGUCACAGUCCCGACGGCCGACAACCUUCCCCCCUUACCAGCCCGCUGCUCAACGACGCCGGCAGCAUUCGCACUGACGAUGAAGACGAGGUUCGGAGGAAGAGGUUCCCAACAGAUCGGGCCUACUUCAUCGCCAAGGAGCUGCUGACCACCGAAAGGACAUAUCUGAAGGACCUGGAGGUGGUGACUGUGUCUUUCCAGAGUGCUGUAGGACAAGAUGAGGCGACUCCAGACUCUCUGAAGAACACCGUCUUCUCCACCUUCGAGCCGCUGCACAAGUUCCACACAGGUUUUCUCAGGGAGGUGGAGCAGAGGCUGGCCCUGUGGGAAGGACGCUCCAAUGCUCACAUAAAAGGAGACUACCAGCGCAUUGGAGAUGUCAUGCUGAAGAACCUUCAAGGCUUGAAGCCCCUGACAGCAAACCUGCAUAGGCAAUCUGAAGUUCUGUUGGAGCUGGAGAAGGUGUGCCGGGCAUCCCGUAGGUUAGAGGGUCUCUGCAGGGACUUUGAGCUGCAAAAGGUCUGCUACGUCCCCCUCAGUGUCUUCGUACUGCGGCCUCUGCACCGUCUCAGUCACUACAAGCAGAUCCUGGAACGCCUGUGCAAACACUACCCAGCUACUCAUGUGGAUUUCAGGGACUGCAGAGCUGCUCUGGCAGAUGUGUCUGAGGUGGUGGAGCAGCUCCAGGGAAGCCUAAUCAAGAUGGAGAACUUCCAGAAGCUGCUGGAGCUGAAGAAGGAUUUGAUCGGCGUUGACAAUCUUGUUGUUCCUGGUCGGGAGUUCAUCAGGUUAGGCUGCCUCAGCAAACUGUCUGGAAAAGGCCUACAGCAACGAAUGUUUUUCCUGUUCAACGAUGUCAUUUUGUAUACAAGUCGAGGGAUGACGGCGACCAAUCAGUUCAAGGUGCACGGGCAGCUGCCGCUCCAUUGCAUGACAAUCAGAGAGAGUGAAGAUGAGUGGGGUGUGCCUCAUGCCUUCACGUUGGUUGGACAGCAGCAGUCGGUGGUGGUGGCAGCAAGUUCACUAACAGAGAUGGAGAAGUGGAUGGAGGACAUAAAGAUGGCGAUAGAGAUGGCAAAAACCAGCAAUGGGCCUUCAUUCGACAUUCUGACCAGCAAUCUGACAGACAACAAAUGCCCUGAGGACUCCUCGGUGGAGGCGGAGUCUGAGGAUGACAUAACAGCGUCGCACACCUCGCUGGAGAGGCCAGCCCCUCACCGUGGUAACACCAUGGUGCAUGUGUGCUGGCACAGGAACACCAGUGUGUCCAUGGUGGACUUUAGCAUAGCUGUGGAGAAUCAGCUGUCAGGAAACUUACUGAGGAAGUUCAAGAACAGCAACGGCUGGCAGAAGCUCUGGGUGGUCUUCACCAACUUCAGCCUGUUUUUCUAUAAGUCUCACCAGGAUGAUUAUCCACUGGCCAGCCUUCCUCUGCUGGGUUACUCAGUCACCAUCCCCUCAGAGUCUGAAAACAUCCACAAGGACUAUGUCUUCAAACUGCAUUUCAAGUCCCACGUCUACUAUUUUCGAUCGGAGAGUGAAUACACUUUUGAGAGAUGGAUGGAGGUCAUCCGCAGCGCCACGGUCCCCUCCAGUGGCACUCGUGUCCUGAACAGCAAAGAGUCCCAUCCUCACUGAGUUGGCUCACCUUGUUUCCACACGCUGUCUCCCUCGGGUGGCAUCUGCCCCUCCUGUCCCGCUAGACUCUUUGCUUUUCUUCUCUACACAUAUCUGGGACAUUUGUACAUGUGUCCAUGCACAUUUGGUGCUUUUUAAUGCUUUAAUGGUGACAUGUCCGCUGGUUUAGACUGCAUCAGAGACUGCAUUUUUUGGCAUUUUUACUCUCAACUCUGAAACCUCUUUUUAAGGAUGUCAUUUUAUACUGUUUUCUAAUGGUCUGAACCACUUCCUAUCUUUCUGGUUUUACAUUUUGUCAUUGGUUGUUUCUACAGCAGGAACAGGUUGAUAUAGAUAUUCAGCAUUCUUUCUUAGAUGGUUAAACUAUCACUGCAUUGUCAUAAUGUUUUGUCUACUUUGCCAUUUUAUUGAAAACUGCUGCUUUGAAAAUGUCCUGCAACUUCAGUGCCAAACUGGUUUAUAUCAAUGUCCUGGACUUUUUAAUGCUACUUUGUUACAUUGGGGAUGAGGAGUGUCUCCUGUACUGUAUACCAUGAAAUUUUAAAUCAUGUAAAACAGGCCACCCUUUAACGGUCAAAGCUCUGUUCACACCUGGCCCAGCACAAUGUGUUCUUGUUUUUUUUUAAAAAGGUGAUGAAAAUAUGAAAUUAUUUUGUUGUAUCAUUGACAUAUCCCUAGAAUUGAUCACAAUAUGACAUGGGGUAGCUGCCAUCACAGAUUAACGCCAUUUCAAAUAAAGUAAAUAUUCUAUUUGCUGAUCUUCGUCGUAUGAAUACAACUCAGACUGUUUUACUUUUUUUAAUUAACUAAAGUUCCCCUUCAGCUGUAUGAGAACAUGUGAAACAUGUUCAUAAUCAUUGUAUUAUGAAGGUGAGUGUAAUUGAAAGCUUUAAAGAUUAUGUGUGAAACAAAACAGAAACUUUCAGUUCCAAGCGCCGUUGCCCUCACUGAACUAGGCUGCCUCCUGUAUACAGAUACCAGAUCUUUUUAUGGGUCUAAAUGAAUGGAAAUAUGCAUUUGACAGGGUUUUGCAGUGAAGCGAAUUAAAUGGAAAACCUCAGUUCUGCUUAGAAUUGCAGUGUUUUUUUCAGAGAGCUCUUUGGAAAUGAAAGCAAUAAAAAAAACUUACUCAAACUUA